AUGGCGGACGAUGAUGAUUAUCAAGACAUGGACAAUGAUGAUUUUGUCGACGAUAACGAAAUGGAAGAUGUGAUUGAAGAGGAACAACAGCGCCCGGAUCAUGAAGAGGAAGAUGAUGACAACAACGUUGAUGAGAACUUUGAGCUGUUCGAUCAAGGAAAAGCUGUCCCAACUAGUGAACAUGUAACUACUCCGUUCAUGACAAAGUACGAGCGUGCUCGUGUUCUCGGAACUCGUGCUCUCCAAAUUGCUAUGGGAGCCCCAGUUAUGGUCGAGCUUGAAGGAGAGACCGAUCCACUCGAGAUUGCCAGAAAAGAACUCAAGCAACGUCGCGUUCCAAUAAUCAUUCGUCGAUAUCUUCCAGACGGAUCGUACGAGGACUGGCCCACCGAACAACUUCAACUUGCAGAUUGGUAG